ACAUACCAAAGUAUAUAACCACCCGGCGGACUACAGCUCACAUCUCCAGCCCUGGCAUCUGCCCGUGGAGCCCACGGUGCCUGGGGCUGCCGCCGUCUUCCUGAGGAGGUCCGUGGCUCUGUUUGAGAACCAUGCUCUGGAGACAGCUCGUCUGUUGGCACCUGCUGGCUUUGCUCUGCCUCCCAUUUUGCCUGUGUCAAGAUGAAUACAUGGAGGUGAGCGGAAGAGCUAACAAAGUGGUGGCAAGGAUAGUGCAGAGCCACCAGCAGACGGGUCGUAGCAGCUCCAGGAGGGAGAAAGUGAGAGAGCGGAGCCAUGCUAAAACUGGGACUGUGGAUAAUAACACUUCUACAGACCUAAAACCCCUGAGACCAGAUGAGCUACCGCACCCCGAGGUAGAUGACCUAGCCCAGAUCACUCCAUUCUGGGCCCAGCCUCCACAAACUGGAGGACUGCCCCCAGACUGCAGCAAGUGCUGUCACGGAGACUACGGCUUCCGCGGCUACCAAGGUCCCCCCGGACCCCCGGGUCCUCCUGGCAUUCCAGGAAACCAUGGGAACAAUGGCAACAACGGAGCCACUGGCCACGAGGGGGCCAAAGGUGAAAAGGGAGACAAAGGUGACCUUGGGCCUCGAGGGGAGCGCGGGCAGCAUGGCCCCAAAGGAGAAAAGGGCUACCCUGGCAUUCCACCAGAACUGCAGAUUGCGUUUAUGGCGUCUCUGGCAACUCACUUCAGCAAUCAGAACAGCGGGAUCAUCUUCAGCAGCGUGGAGACCAACAUCGGAAACUUCUUUGAUGUCAUGACUGGUCGAUUUGGGGCCCCGGUAUCAGGAGUGUAUUUCUUCACCUUCAGCAUGAUGAAACAUGAGGACGUUGAGGAAGUGUAUGUGUACCUUAUGCACAAUGGCAACACAGUCUUCAGCAUGUAUAGCUAUGAGACAAAGGGGAAAUCAGAUACAUCGAGCAACCAUGCGGUGCUGAAGCUGGCCAAAGGGGAUGAGGUUUGGCUGAGAAUGGGCAAUGGCGCGCUCCAUGGUGACCACCAGCGCUUCUCCACCUUUGCUGGCUUCUUGCUCUUUGAAACGAAGUAAAUACAUGAAUAAACUAGCUCCACUUUGGAGAACACUUGUAGGUGAGCUGGGAUUAUUAUAUGAGGAACAAUAAAGUUGAGGAUUCUAAAAAUCUGUUUUUUAAAAAUUAUUGGUUAUAAUGCUAAACAUGCUACAGGCGUACCAAUAAUGUUAAAGACUCGGGCACAGAGUAUGAACCAAAAGAUUUUUCAGAGAGAUGACCUGAGCUAAUAUACUACGCCUUUAUUACUCUUCCCUGGUACCUAAAAGGGAGUUCUCUCCUCUGAUGCAGACUAGAAAUUUUUAUUCCCAUCAGGAAAAGUCAUUUGAAAAAACAAAGUUUUAGUUGCUCUGUUUUUAAGUUGGUGCCAACUUUCAGGAGCCUCUGAAGUUCUUAGU